AUGGCUGGAGAGGGCGCUGUGUAUCUUGCUGGUGUGGGAUAUUCGCCAUUCUCAUCCAAUGAUUCAAGUGGUGGAAGCCCUAUCGCUGCCUUGGUUUCUGCCGUAGUCAAGGCUCUGCUCGAUGCUGGGAUAACAUACGAUAAUGUGACCACAACAGUGGCAGGUUGCCGUGAUAAUGGGUCAAGUUAUGGGCCUCAGGUAGCAAAAGUAUUUGACAAUACUUUUAUUGAAGUCAAAGAAAUCGAGGCCGGAUCCGAGUUGGACGAGGCCUUACAUCUCGUCAAGACUCGACGCAGUCAUUGUGUUCUCGUCUUUGCCACAGAAAACUCUGCUGCAGUCGCUUUGACAGUGGUAUCUAGCCAGUUCCUUUGGAGUCGUCCAUACCUGAAGGACUCGGCAGCAUGCAUUCGACCAGCAAGUGCUCCGCAAGCCAAUGAUAAAUCUCGAACGAAAGAAGGCCUUCAAAGCCUCUGUAAAAUUGCCUGGGCACUCAGAGGUUGGUCUCACAGCAAGGAUUCCGCUGACGAAGAACCCAUCUGCGCGCUCGGGUCGAAACACCAAAUUUUCAAGUUUAGUCGUGCUGAUAAGAAGCCUAUUCCACCAUGGAAAGAUGUUGAGUUCAAACAAGAUGGAAAAUAUCGGCUGGGUUAUAAUCCUACGGUAGAAACAAGAUCGGUUUCACAGGAGGACUUGGAGGCAGUCAGAGCAGCCAAAGACGGGCAGCCGAAAGAGAUGUGGUCAAGCUUAUUUCCACGGAAUGGUGGAGACAGAUACAUGCUUGCAAGACUAUGA